UCCUUCCGAUUGGGCUUGGCCAGCGGCUUCCCUCCAAUCAAAUGGCUCCGCGGGCCCCUCACACGCCGGGCCACCCCUUGGCCUGGGAAGCCUUGGCCUCUGAGGAAAACCGUCCAAUGAACGUAAGCGCAGAGCACGUCUGUCCUUUCCUAGAGGUCCCGGGGAAUCACUUCCGGCUCCUACAGAACGUUUAUUCCGUGACUAGGGGAAACGGUAGCCAAGACAACGCGUUUUUUACCCUUUUCUCGUCUACGACGGGGGAGUCACGUUGGGAGCCAUUUUAGCGCUACGCCCCCCGUCACCUUUCUGUUCGACGUUGCUUUUGGGAAAAGAGAAAUAUGUAAGGGAUUGAACACCCUCCCGGGUGCGUUUGGAUGGUGGUGAGAAACUACAUUUCCCGGCAUGCAACGCACUAGGCUUAUGGAUGCUGGGAAUCGUAGUCUUAGGCCUCUGAGCCAGUGGGCGUAGUUUGGCCUCUCUGCAGUCUCCUGUCAUGUGUCUGCGGGAAGUGUGUCCUCAGUGAUUUAGGAUUUCCACCUCGUUCUGAUUGCAGAUUAGAUCUAUGCUUGUUCCAGGACUCUAAAGCACACAGUUUUCAGAGGCGGACCUGGAAAGCCGCCCCGCGUGGCCCUAGCCGCCGGGUGUCAAGAGGGCCAGCCCUGAAUUCUGGGCUCCGCCUCUGGCCGAUGGUGGCACGCGGGUUUCCAGGUCGGCCACCUUGUGCGUCACUCCGGGCUCUUGGAACCUUCAGCUCCACCUGGCGUUUCGCUGCCGGCAUCUCCUUACCUCUCUGGUUUUGUUUGCAGUUGAGGGUGGCUGGGUUCUCCAACCCAAAGGGAAACUCCAAGGACUCCAGUUCCUUUGACAUCCCUAUAAAUACCAAGGAACGACCUGGCAGUCCGACAGCCCCUCUGUGAAUCAGCUGGACAGCGCGGUGGUGAAGUCCAGGCUAGCACAGAACAGGAAAGGACAUGUGCAGAUACUUGAAAGCAAAAGCCGCAGUGCUUGCAAAUAGCUGGACCGUGGCUUUGUAACUUCGUAGAAACAUCUUUCCGCCUUCCGAAAGACAGCAAAGGGGCUCUUUCUGGUGAGGGAAGUCCCUAACGCCAGCUUGUGCAUUCCGAAAUGUUUUCUAAGCUCUUUAGCCUUAUUUUAACAAAUUUUCCUCCAGCCCGAGUGCCUGUCUCUAACAUACCCGCUCCAUCACUGCUUCCUCCAAGAAAAUUGGAGUUGUUUUCAGAUCAUCCAAAUUCCUGAAGGCAAGCUUUUCAGUGUCGUAGUGCCUUUGACAGCUUCCGGAAUUUAGACUUGCCAAUCUUGAAUCUGUGGUUUGGUGUUUACAUAAUGUGAUGCCUUAUUUACAUAUGUCUGAUUUACCUACAUGUAACAAAGCACAGAGAAGCGUUAAGACACAGGCUUUUUUCCUCUGUGCUUGUGUUUGUAUAGAGCAUACCAGGAUCUUAUUUCUUUCUGUUUUUAGAAAAAGAUGUCUGUUUCUGUGUUUGACAGCCCAACAUCACUUUUUUUUUUUUUUUAAGUCGACCUAGUAAGCAACUGGUCUGAAACUGCAAAUGCAUCUUAACUGGCCAGUGGGGGUUAAAUUGGGGCUGCACCUGGGAGGAACUGAGAAUGAGAGUCAUCCUCCAAAAUAAAGCUGCUGUUUGUGGGUAGAAGUUUCUGCAGAUGAUGGUCCCCGGAAAGAAAAAAGAAAAAAAAAGAAGAAAGAAAGAAGCUCGUAGAAUGGUUGGCCCUCAUCUGACUCAACUUUGCUCUUUUGGCUCUUCUGAGAUUGCUGGCUGAGCGCCCUGUAAAAUAAAUGGGUGUCUGAGAAGAGGCACAACGGAUUGACUGUGGCAUCUCUUCCCCAGAACACAAUUCAAAGAUGGGAUUUGAGUAAAGCUGACUGGUUGUUGAUAGCACAAUCGGGGAGGAGACUCAAGCUGUGCACCUUGACGAUUGGGCCAGGAUAAAGCUUGUCUUGUUCCGAGUGUGAUGCCAUCCCUAAGCUUCAUGAAAUGAAUCAGAUGGCGGGUGACCCUGGACCAAGAUACAACACUCAACCCAACUUAAAGCUCCAGAAGCCCAUCCAGCCUUAUGUCUGCUCCACUCUAGAGGACUUUCAAGAAGAGAGAGAUUUUUUGGCCAACAUCAUCUUCCCUCGGCUCAAUGACUUCUGCAGCCCCCGGGGCACCUACUUCAAAGCUGUGGACCUGAGAUGGUCAGCCGUGAAGGCCCAUAAGUCCUUCACCACCAACCUGUUCCGACAGUACUCCUGCCUGUGUUCCCAGCACCUGAAGCUCUGCCUUGACUGUGUGGACAGCUGCUCUCCCUUCUUCAUUUGCCUGCUGGGGCAGACCUACGGAGACUUCCUGCCCCACUACACGCCUUUCCUGUUCUCCAACGUAAAGGACUUCGCCAAUCUAUCCAAGGGAGAACAAAAUCUAUAUGUUGCUGCAAAAAAUGGCUACCCUUGGGUCCUGGAGACUCCCAACUGCAGCCUAACAGAGUUCGAGAUCACCCAAGCAGCCUUUCGGAAGGAAUCUCAGUUUCAGUUUUUCUACUUCCGGACAUCGAACUCACUGCUAAGGACUUUCAGCGAGGAAGAAGAAGAAAAACUGUCCCCAACUUUUCUGAUGAAUGAAGAGGGAAAACUGAAAGUUGGAAGACUCAAGGCUAAGAUCAUCGGGAAAGGGCUUCCUGUCAGAUUCUAUAGAGACCUAGAGGAGUUGGGCGAUUUGGUUUUCAAGGACUGGUCCGCUGUUGUGGAGAAGCUCUACCCAGUCCCUAUUAUCAUGGAAAACAUAGAUUACAAACACAGUCUUGAGUGUUUGUAUCAUGAAGAGUUUGCUGAGAAGUGCGAGCAAGUUUUUGUUAUUUCCAAGGAGUCAAACAGGACCUUUGAAAUACUGGAAAGAUUUGCCUUAAAAGAUGUUGAACUUGACUCUGACAGUGCAGGUUUGGGGCUGGACUCCAUUCUCAGAAUAAAUGCUCUUCCGACUUAUAAGUCUAUUUUGCUCUUGUCUGGAGAACGCGGCUGUGGGAAGUCUACUCUGAUUGCCAGCUGGGUCAAUUAUUUCAAAAGCAGACAUCCCGGAGUGCUGAUGAUCCCGUAUUUCGUGGGGAGUACCUGUGAAAGCAGCGACAUCAUGUCGGUGAUCCACUACUUCAUCAUGGAGCUGCAGCACAGAGCCCACGGUCCCCAGAUUGAAAUGGAUUUUCUUAAUGAAGAUUCAAGUGUCUUGGUCUUUUCGCUUCUUGUAGAAGUGUUCAUGGCCUUCAUCAGCCUAAAGCCAUGUGUACUUGUAUUAGAUGGGAUUGAAGAGUUGAUUGGCAUUUAUGGGAUUUCAGGUCAGAAGGCGAAAGACUUCUCGUGGCUGCCGUGUUCACUCCCUCCACAUUGUAAAUUCAUUCUGAGCACCGUCUCCUCCAGCCUGUCCUGCAAGUCACUGUGCGCCCGCCCGGAUGUGAGGACUCUGGAGCUGUCAGGCAUGGGGGAUGAAGACACGAAGUUCAGCAUCUUCAGACAGCACCUUUCCACUCCUGACCAAGAGCGCUUUGGGCAGAGCAAACCCAUUUUGAGGAAAAAGCCCAACCUGACCCCUCUGAAGCUGGCGAUCAUCGCCAGCGAGCUGCAGGAGUGCAGAAUCUACCGUAACGAGUUCCAGUGUCUGAGGGAGUACUUAGAGAUGGCCUCUGUCCAGGAGCUCUGGGAGCUGAUUCUGAAGCGCUGGGUUGAAGAUUAUGGUUGGAAUUUGAAGCAAAAAGAGACAAACUCAGAUGCCGUGGCUUCAGGAAAAGGGCUGAGUGGCUGGGUAGCGGACGCACUGUGCUUGCUGUGCAUCUCACACUGUGGGCUGGCUGAAGACGAGCUGCUCCACCUCUUGGACAUGCUGGGCUACAGGAACAACCAGAAAGUGACCACCGUGCACUGGGCGGCCUUCCGCAACGCCACCAAGCACUGGAUCCAGGAGAAGCCCGAUGGCCUCCUCUGCUUCCGACACCAGUCCCUACGGAAUGCGGUGGAGCACAAGCUGCUGGGUGUAAUCACUCCAGUCAGAGAGAGCAGUCCAAACAUGUCUCAGCACACCGUGAAUCACAAGAAGGCACGUUUCCACCAGGUCUUGAUGAGGUACUUCCAGCGGCAAAGCAUUUUCUGGAGAGUGUAUCAGGAGCUGCCGUGGCACAUGAAGAUGAGCAGGUGUUGGGAAGGCCUGUGCAGCUUCGUCACGAGCCCUAGCAUCACAGAUUUCAUAUCAAAAAUCCACAACCCGAGUUUGUGGACCAGGCUGCACCUUGUCCACUACUGGGAUGUGCUGCUGGAGGCUGGCUAUGACGUAUCUGAGUCGUUUCUGCUCUGCGUUGCCAAGAUAGAAGCAGAACAGUGCCAGAAAGUAAAGAAGCGACCCACAAUCUCAGUCCUGGAAUGCAGCCUCUCCCAGGUUACUGCCGCUGAUAAAUGCAGGAUGAUACUCUUUGUUGGGAGUUUCCUGAAGCUCAUGGGCAAGAUCAAUGAUGCAGAAAGGCUAUUCUUGAGUGUCGAGGAAAUGUUACUACAGAGCCCAUCCAUGACAGAAAUGCUCCUCAAAGCUCAGAAUGCCAUUGGAGAAUUGUAUCUUGAAAUCGGGAUGACUGAAAAAGGACUCACAUAUUUUCAGAAAGCGUGGUCAAAUCUGCUGCGGUUUACGCUCAGUGACUUGAAAACCAGCCAGGAAUUAAUGAGGCAGAAAGUCAAAGUGAUGAAUAACCUGGUAAAAUCAGCAUCUGAGAAAUUCUUAAGAGAAAGCCACAUUUUGGAUUAUGCUACUGAAAUCUCCAAGUUAGUGACUGAUAGCCCCCGCGAUCAAGCUACCAUGAAAUAUACUGAAGGUGUUCUCAUGUUGGCUGCUGGAAAUGUGCCUGUUGCAAGACUGAAGUUUCAAGAGUGUUUACAUAUCAGAAGACGUCUAUUUGGUGAUAAAAACAUACUAGUUGGAGAAAUUAUGGAAUUUUUAGCGGAUUUGCUAUUUUUUUUACUAGAAGAUAAUGAAAAAUCGCAAAAGAAGCAAGUAACUGAAUAUUAUAAACAAGUAAUAAAAAUCAAGGAGAAUUCAGACACUGUGGCCACCUGCAAGCUUGUCAGGAAGCAGCUGAGCAUCAGCCUCAGCGAUACCUUGUGUAAACUAGCAGGCCAACUGCUGUCAGGUGACGUCUGCCAUCACGCCAUGAUGGAGGCCGUCAGCUAUCUGUACAGGUCACUUGAUUUAAGGUCCACUCACCUGGGGUCUUCCCAUGCUUCCAUCCAGGGAAUACUGCACCUUCUAAGGGAAAUCCAGAGGUUCCGGGGCAGGAGGUUUUGGCCUCAAGGCAUGAGCCAGCUGCACUCCGAAGGUUCGAAGAAUGGCUUUUUAUUAUGGGAAAACUUGUCUAAAUUAAACUUCUGCAGCGCUCAGAGUUCGGACACGGUGAACACUGCCAUGUGUAUGAAUGUAAGUAAACUGCAGGGAGCUAAAAGCACAGAGCCGGUGCCUCCGCCGGUUUCAGAUAAGCCAAAAUGUUUUCCUGGCAAAGGGAGGAAGACUUUGAUUCCAGUUCUGUCUGCUGGGGAAAAGACCCAAAUAUGGAAUGGUCCAAGAAAGCAAACUCCAAGGAAAAAGAACUAUCCCGUCAAGACAUUGUCUGUGGGUGAAAAGAAUGGCUUAGUCAAACUUUCAAAGCAAAGAGUGUUUUCUGCUAAAUGUGAGAGUGGAGACGGACUAAUCACCGCGAUUUACCGUCGGCCCCCGAGAGCACCUCUGAGUGCAAACAAUCCCUGGCAAUCCAUAUCUGAGCUUGUAUCAGAAAAAUGGCUUUUUCACACCCCACAGUACAGCUUCACUCCCCAGAAAUUUGUUUUCCCAAGAAGAUCUCAAGUAGAAACAAAAUGGUUGAGGAUCUCAAAUGAAACCGAUAAUGAAUAAAAACCACUUUGGGCUCUUUUGUA